AUGCCUGGAAAACGGUCGAAGGCGGUGGAGGCAGACAACAGCCAGAUAGAGGAGGGGUUUACUGGAUUGACCGAAGGAGUGGGCCAUUUAAUCCUAGAACACGACUAUCCCCGCCGUAGAUUUUCCACCACCGCAGGCACAGAACCUGCCUCUGUGGCCGUGGAUGUCAACGCGGUUCUGGAAUCUGUGACGGCGGAGGAACUGCGUGUCGGGGCUUGGGUCAAUGUCGUGGGUUAUGUGAGGAGCUGGGACUCGGACGGCGGUGAUGCAGAUGCCCUCCGCAAGCUAAGAAUGUCGAGUCCGGUAUAUGUGGAGGCUGUGAUUGUUUUCUCAGCAGGUGUGAUUGAGCUGGGCGAGUAUGAAAGGGUUCUGAGGGAAGCGUUGGAGGUAGUGAGGAGGAUUCCGAGGCCGGAUUGA